AUCUGAGGCUCGUAUAAUCUAAUAUGUCGUUGCUGACAUUCUAUAACAAAGACUCCUUGUCGGGGAAUCGCAUUUCCCGCUGAAUUAUACGCGAGAUAGAUUACGUGACGUUCACACGUAUCAUAUUCAUUCAAAAUACAGAGGAUACAAGGAAUGUGGCUCACAGUUCCCAACUUUCUACAAGUUGGAGUUAUUGUCCAAGCGCUUACUACUAUCAUCUGCAUAUUCUUUGUGUACAAAUGUACAAAAUAUUUGUUCGGUAAAGCAACAAGCGAAGAGCCACUGACAUCCAACACUCUUCGACGCCGUCUUGGUCUACAAGAAGAUAUAUUUCAUACAUUUUCCGUGCAAAGAGGUGGAAGUGGUAAUGUAUGUCUAGCAGUAUCCUUAACGUCAAAACAGAGCCUCUCACAACAACAUGUUCGCGAUGCUUUGGUGUUGUUGGCUAAGCGACAGCCAAUGCUUCGAGCAGUUAUUAGCACAUUUGGCGAUGGCUACAAAUAUUUCGAAAUCAACAAAAUCAACGAGGUUAUCAGGAUGUUAGAUAUCGCUUCUUCUACAGUAAAGGCUUCAGACUGGAAAGAUGUUUGGUUUGAAUAUACAUCAAAACAGCUGAGCAAUGCGAAUGGUCUGUUAUGGCGAGUUGUGAUUUUAGAAGAGGAAUUUAGACCAGACACUGACGAGUAUGCAAAUACCUUGUUAUUUAGUUUUAUUCAUUCCUGUAUUGACGGUGUGUCGUGUGUUAAAUUUUGCGAGCAAUUUCUCAAAAACAUUAAUGAUAUUUCAAGCGGUAUUAUGGAUGUCGAUCAAGAAAUCUGCAGUCUAAACUUGCUGCCGUAUUAUCAAGAUAUAAUCACAGGAGAACGAACUACGCAUUCAAUAUUGACCUUCAUUCUUACCUAUUGUGGCCUUCGGUCUAUUUUAAGAUUUCUCAUGCGUAGAAUGAUUUCUCGUCAAAUGGAAACGGCGAAGUGCAAUCCAUAUUACGCUCAGUUCCCACCGAGUUUGGACGUUUCCAGCUUUGUUGGCCCAAAUCGACUGGAAACUAAAGUUUUUACCGAGAAGGAAACAAAGAAUAUUUUACUGGCCUGCAAAACAAAUAAUUGUACAGUAACUGGGGCUCUCACAGCCGCGGCACAUCUGGCUUUUUGUGAAGUCGUGGAAGAUGGUAUGAAAGGGAGCAAGGGUGCAAAUUUGCAAUACAAGUUUUCCAUUAAUGGUCAACGAUGUUGUGAUGUAAAGCCGCAUAAGGAAUACUUUGGAUAUUUUGUAUUCAAUUUCAAAGAACUUUACUUAAAGUACCAGGCUGGAACUGGGAUUGAUUUUUGGAAGGCGGCACAAAAAACAACGAAGCAAAUACGAGAUUGUGUUGAAAAGGAAGAAUACGUUCUUAGCGAGAGAAUGAUGAAUGAAACCAUAAGGGCAAAAGAAUUAAUUGAUCCUAUUGAUCGUGAACUGCUAAUUCGCACGUCACCUUGUAAUUUAAUAUCGAGUUUCGGGUCGUUCAAUUUCGCCCACGACAUUGACAAACAAACUUACAAACUUCAGGAUUUGUUUAUUAACAGCCUUUUUCAUGGUAUUCCUAAUACAUUCAAUCAUUAUAACCACACUGUUAAUGGUAGAAUGACCUGGCAAAUUAUGUAUGAUGGUUCUAGAGUAAAAACUAGUGACGCCGUAAAGUUUGCCAAUUGUUGCUUUGGUCGAUUUCUUGAAAUAGCAUCUGGUAAAGUUUGAAUGACAUUUGUAUAAACCGACUGUACAACAGCCUUUGACUACGCACGUCAAACGAGGAGCCUGUAUAUAAUGACACCCUAACAAGAAACUUCGCUUAACAGAUUGUAUUAAAGGACGCAAAAAAUAUAUUAAAAUCUGUAUACUAAUAUAUACGCAGUAUGUACAUACACAAUUAUAUGAUACAAAAAAUUGGUCAAAAUCUCGGUUUCUAAAUAUAAAAAUAUUUAAAUCAAACCGAGGCUAUGACAGCGGCUCUAAAAAGCGACACCCCCGGAAGUGAUGCGACACCGCCAAGCACAUCCUCGUCCCUAUGCGUGGAGAGCAACGGAGCUAGGCCCUGGGGACGAGGAUGCGCCAAGCAGUUAACUGGAUAAAAUAAAUA